GAAAAAUUCAUUGACUGCUGCCGCUGCCGCUGCUUGCUAUACCUGUCGCCGUCGACGAGCUACCAAACAACGUACAAGCUAGGUCUUGUUAGCUCACGGUGUUGAUGACCACUGCCUCGGCCAGAUCGAGUCAGACACUGAUGCCACGAUGGCUCGGUGAUUUCUAUUCUAGAUUUCCCUUGGUGCUGCUCGAGCCAGAAGACAAUGUGACAUCUUUACGGGAACACGACAAUCCAAGGGAAGCAGAGUACAGUCUCUGGGUGAGCCGUCAGACCUCCUCAAGAACGUCAUGUCGCUGGUUGACUGAUAUCUCACAUCAGAUCCAUUCGCCCUUGUCAACGUCACGUACCUCGCCUUGGGCUUCAUCCGAUCCUCGAAGCCUCCGUUUUCAACUCUUGUUCUUGCUGGAGAGCCGGGCUCCACUAGUCGGGUUCAUCCCGUUCGCGCGCGACGAUAACGCGCCUGGAGGUGAAUUGCCCUGUCUCGAACUGAGAGCAGAGGGGAAGCUGGUCAGCUCGCAGGAUCUGCGUUCUUGGUUCGAUGGUCGCUUCCAGGACAGGGAAGGCGAAAAAGCCCUCCAGGGUAUGCCGGAUCAGACGACUUAUGACAAGGCUGUCGCCGUUGCUACACUCGUGCUAGAUCGUGUAUACCCGGCGUUCCUGGCUUCACAACCCAAACCCAGCUCAGUAUCCUCCUUUCACCUACAUUUCCCCUUUGCUCCGCCGCUCGCUUCUGGACUUGUCACGCCCUUGCCGUCGUCUCUGACAGGAGACGUCCGCCAAGUAGAUAUCGUGUCUGUCAUCGCAAACGGCGCGUCUGCCUUGAAUGCCCUGGACGAGAUACUCUCAGCUGACCAAUGGGCUCUGGGAGCUCGGUCUCCAACUCCUCUCGAUUCGCUCCUCACAUCGAACCUGCACGUCAUUUAUGACCUCCCUAGGGAUUCGAAAUUGCGCUUGAAGAUGGACUCUAGUCGCAACCUGUCGGCCUAUGUAUCUCAUGUGAUGGCUCGAGCCGACAGUCGACUGUCUGCGACUUCUUUGAGACGGGCAAGAUAAGUAUCACAUCGAGUCCGACAUACACUGGCACCGACACACGACUAUCAUCACUGCUCGAGACCAGGCUGGCAAGGGCCGGCGUGCCACUCCCGCCAACUAUGACCUCGAUGCUGCAGCUUGGCUGCUCCCAUGUCGCGAGAGAGGGCCUCUAGCGGAGCUUGAAGCGUAGAGACUGUCAUGUUGUCCUUUAGAUGGCGCUCGUCUGUGCAUAUAUCCUGAAGAUGAACCGUUGCCUAAGCUUGGGAGGACACGUGGAUUUUUGCU